CCACAGGCACGGCAGCCGCCGGAACCGGCGUGGGCAGGCACCGAGCGCGUCCCGCGCAGGCACAGCCCCGGACACACCUCCCCACGUCCCGGCGGUGGUAGCGGCUGUGUAAAAAGCUGAAGGUGGCCCAGUCUGAGGGCUAAUCUGUCAAAUAUUUAAUAAUCAUUUGCUCUGAAAAUUUCCCACGUUGUUCAUGGAGUUUUUCAUCAGUAUGUCUGAAACCAUUAAAUAUAAUGACGACGAUCACAAAACUGUGUUCCUGAAAACAUUGAAUGAACAACGUUUGGAAGGAGAAUUUUGUGACAUAGCUAUUGUGGUUGAAGAUGUUAAGUUCAGAGCCCAUAGGUGUGUGCUUGCUGCCUGCAGUACCUACUUCAAAAAACUUUUCAAAAAACUGGAAGUUGAUAGUUCAUCAGUAAUAGAAAUAGAUUUUCUUCGUUCUGAUAUUUUUGAGGAAGUUCUCAAUUACAUGUAUACUGCAAAGAUAUCUGUUAAGAAAGAGGAUGUAAAUUUGAUGAUGUCUUCAGGCCAGAUCCUUGGUAUUCGAUUUCUUGAUAAACUCUGCUCUCAAAAACGUGAUGUUUCUAGUCCUGAAGACAACACACAGUCCAAGAGCAAGUACUGUCUAAAAAUAAACCGUCCUAUGGGAGAACCCAAUGAUACACAAGAUGAUGAGGUGGAAGAAAUUGGAGAUCAUGAUGAUAGUCCAUCAGAUGUGACAGUGGAAGGAACUCCCCCAAGUCAGGAAGAUGGAAAGUCACCAACAACUACCCUAAGAGUGCAAGAGGCAAUUCUGAAAGAGUUGGGAAGUGAAGAAGUUCGAAAAGUAAACUGCUAUGGCCAAGAAGUAGAGCCUAUGGAAACGACUGAAUCUAAAGACUUAGGAUCUCAGACCCCUCAGGCUUUGACAUUUAACGAUGGCAUAAGUGAAGUGAAAGAUGAACAGACACCUGGCUGGACCACGGCAGCCGGGGAUAUGAAGUUUGAGUACUUACUUUAUGGUCACAGGGAACAUAUUGUAUGUCAGGCUUGUGGCAAGACCUUUUCUGACGAAGCGCGAUUGAGAAAACAUGAAAAGUUACACACUGCUGAUAGACCGUUUGUUUGUGAAAUGUGUACAAAGGGCUUUACCACGCAAGCUCAUUUGAAAGAGCACUUGAAAAUACACACAGGCUACAAGCCUUACAGUUGCGAGGUGUGUGGAAAGUCUUUUAUUCGCGCACCAGAUCUAAAAAAGCAUGAAAGAGUUCACAGUAAUGAGAGGCCAUUUGCAUGCCAUAUGUGUGAUAAGGCUUUCAAGCACAAGUCCCAUCUCAAGGACCAUGAAAGAAGACACCGAGGAGAGAAACCUUUUGUCUGCAGUUCCUGCACUAAAGCAUUUGCUAAGGCAUCUGACCUAAAAAGGCAUGAGAACAAUAUGCACAGUGAAAGAAAACAAGUUACUACAGCCAAUUCCAUCCAGAGUGAAACAGAACAGUUACAGGCAGCAGCCAUGGCUGCGGAAGCAGAGCAGCAAUUAGAAACUAUAGCUUGUAGUUAAAAACUAAAGCAGAAACUAUCAGAAAUAAUAUAAGAAAUGAAAUUGAACAAAAUCUAUUGUUGGCAUACGUUUAGACUGAGAAUUUUUUCAAGAAAUCAUAUUUUUAGAGAAUUGAAUGUUACAUAGGAAUGCAUAGCAUCACUUGGUUAGGUAUUUUAAAACAUUUCAGAGAUGAGUAUUCUUAGAAUGUGAAGCAAUUUUGUUGCCAUUAGCAGUAUAAUGCACUAAUACCUGCUUUAAUUUGAGAAUGUGAUCAAGUUCUCUAUAAAAAAGAGAUAAUUGCUGGCUGAUACUUAUUUCAUUCAGUAUGGAAUACUGCAUACAACAUAAACAUUGCAAUCAGUGAGAAUCGGUAAGUUUGAAAAUGCUGAAAUCUCAAAAAUCACAAACAUGGAAAGGAAAUACUUGGUUUUCAUAAUUCUGAAGGUGUUAUAAUUUUUUGAGAAGCAGACAUUGAUUCCCUAAGCUUUUUAAUUCCUCCUUUUUUCACUUAAUAUAGGUAGGUGCAGUAGAGUGUAAGGGGGGUGGUGAUCAGAAUGAAAUUGCUUCUUAUUCCAUUCCCCCAGAUACCCUCUUAUUUUAAUCAAGGUGGCAAGUUUAAUGAAAUACUUGAUUUCUUGAAAAAACUGCAUUAUUCUCAGUGAUUCUGACUGGCAAAGCAGCAGUGUCAUGGCAUUCACCAAUUCCUUCAGUGGGUAAAAAAGUCUGCCUCAUUUGUUUUUGUGUUCACUCUUAUAUAGGGCCCUGGAGAUGGGACUGGGCCACAAAGGAAAAAGGGUGCAGUGUGGAUGAGACGUGCUCCUUACUCAAACCCAGUAGGAAUCAGUUAAAGCUAAUACAACCUGAGGCUGUGCUUUUUAUUAUGCAGCUUUCAGGUCACCUAACCUAGCACAGUGAAGGUAAAGAAGUGUUUCUGGGAGCACAGGAGGUUUAGCUGCACUGGUGAGUGACCUGUCACUGCCAGACUUCUGGAGCUGCAGAGCACAGCCACAGGCUAUCACAUACCUGCCCACAGUGUUCAGCUGGGGUUUGUCAUGGCUUGUCGUACCAGCUCAUACGUCCUGUUCCAGUUUAAAAGCUUCCACCUUCUGACUCCCCACCUCUCAGCAAUAGAGACCCUUCAGUGAGUGAAUUCAGUUGUAAUUGAUCCAGAGUGAGUGUUCGCUAUUAGUCGGUUGCUUAGUCUUGCCUAUUUUUUUUUUAAGGUAAGCUGGGGUACAUGCUGCUAAUUUAAUAGCUAACUCACAGAGUCAACAAAAUAAGUUGUCUUUGGGUUGCAGUCUCCUGUGUGUAGUCAGCAAGAGAAAACACAAUAACAGUGGUAAUGCAAUCCAAAGGGAUAUCGAGCCUUUAUUUUAAAUUUGUAAAUACUACAACUGUUGUGAAAACUUCAUUUGAAGUUGGAAUGGGCAAAAACCCACACUCUUGGGCACAUUGUAGUAACAUUGGUCACUUGCGAUACCUAUAGCAUAUGGAAGUGUUAGAUCAGUUUCUGGUAAGUUACUGUGUGGUACAUCACAUCUUGCUUUUCUAAAAAGAAAUUUAGAAAGUGUUUUUGGAACUGUUAUAUGGAACUUCUAUUGUUGGGGGUUUUUUUGUUUGGUUGAGGGUUUUUUUUUACAGCUUCAUUUUAUUCAUGUACUCAUCAGGUUAAACAGUUAUCUUAAAAUGCCAGUAAUUGUUUGAAUGCUGGUCUGUAAAUAAAACAUGAACUUAAUAUUUUAGAAAAUGUAAACUUUUGACCUUUACCAAUAUAUUUUUUUAAAAUGUUGCUUCAUUUUACAUUCAGUAAUAUUAGUUUGUAAACAAACUGUACAUUUUGUACCUGUGCAACAUCAGAGGAUGUGUAUUCAUUGCAUUUUAUUGGUUCUCUUGAGGAACAUGAUAAAUGACCAUUGUUAAAAUGUUUUACUGUAUAUGAUCAUAGAUAUAAAGAUAGUAGGUCCAAAAUAGGAUCUACAUUUUUUUUCUAAAUAUAUUAGUUGUGCUAUGUUUUCUUAUCUAAAAUUGUGUUCACUUUUUCCUAGAUUAAAUGGGGGUUGAUAAGAAUGUACAAAACAGAUCUGCUGUGAUAAGAGUUCAAAAGUGUAAAAUGUGAAAAAAGUAAAUUUUCUCUAGAUCUACUAUGAAAAGUGCAAGAAGUAAUGAGCUUAAAUUACAGCAGUAAACAUUUGCAUUAAAAAAAA